AUGAUACUUCUCCCUUCUCAUGAAAGUCAGGCUUUCGCCUCUGUGGACAUGGAAGUAGGAAAUCGCACCAUCCUGACUGAAUUCAUCUUGGUGGGUUUCUCAGCAGACCCACAGUGGCAGCUGAUUCUGUUUGGAGUGUUUCUGAUGCUCUAUUUGGUAACCUUGUCAGGAAACAUGACCUUGGUUAUCUUAAUCCGAAUUGAUCCCCACUUGCAUAUGCCUAUGUACUUUUUCAUUGGCAACCUGUCUUUUUUGGAUUUCUGGUAUACGUCUGUGUAUACUCCCAAAAUCCUGGCCAGUUGUGUCUCAAAAGAUAAGCGCAUUUCCUUGGCUGGAUGUGGGGCUCAGCUGUUUUUUUCCUGUGUUGUAGCCUACACUGAAUGCUAUCUCCUGGCAGCCAUGGCUUACGACCGCCAUGCAGCAAUUUGUAACCCAUUGCUUUAUUCAGGUACCAUGUCCACUGCCCUCUGUACUGGGCUUGUUGCUGGCUCCUACGUAGGAGGAUUUUUGAAUGCCAUAGCCCAUACUGCCAAUACCUUUCGCCUGCGUUUUUGUGGUAAAAAUAUCAUUGAGCACUUUUUCUGUGAUGUGCCACCAUUGGUAAAAAUGUCCUGUUCAGACACGAGGGUCUAUGAGAAAGUCCUCCUUGGUGUGGUGGGCUUCACAGUCCUCUCCAGCAUUCUUGCUAUUCUGAUUUCCUAUGUCAACAUCCUCCUGGCUAUCCUGAGAAUCCACUCAGCUUCAGGAAGACGAAAAGCGUUCUCCACCUGUGCUUCUCACCUCAUCUCAGUCACGCUCUUCUAUGGAUCGCUGUUGUUUAUGUAUUCAAGGCCUAGUUCCACCUACUCCCUAGAGAGGGACAAAGUAGCUGCCUUGUUCUACACUGUGAUCAACCCACUGCUCAACCCGCUCAUCUAUAGCCUGAGAAACAAAGAUGUCAAAGAGGCCUUCAGGAAAGCAAUAAAGACUAUACAACCACAAACAUGA